CUAAAUGCGCACGUCAGACAUAAAGAAUAUAUUUUGGCUUCACGUAUUUUUCUUUACAUUCAUCAUGUGCAAUCCAAUUAAUUACUUUGAGUGAUUAAGUCUUCUCUGGAAACCAUGGUUCACUAAACCGAGAGUCAGGACAAUUUUCGAUUCAAGACCUGAUGAUGCGCGUACUGGUUUUGAUAAGUUUACACCUGCUAACAGUCACUUGGGGAUGGCCCUCGUUUAACGACUACAUCCCAAAUGGUGACAAGGUCCCCAAUCCAUGCAAUCCCUCCCUUAUAUGGUACGGAGUGGGGCACCUUGGUGCCCAUGGCUCGGGACCUAGAAAUCAAUUUGGGCACGAUUUUAUAAAAGCAAAUAAGAAAUGGGGAGACAUAUGUCGUAUGGAUUCGGAUGGGGACGGUCAGUACAAUGGACUAGAGUUGGGAGAUCCAGAUUGUGAGUGGUCCACCACCAACAGAAAUCUGACCCUCCCGGCUUUCUCACAUCCAGGUAUCUGUGAACCGUGGGACAGCCCCAAAUGUCUUGCUAUGAAUGGCUCUUUGGACUGUGAUGCUGAUAAAGUUUCAACAAAAUGUGAACAAAUUGAUGAACCAGGUGUUAAGAAAUACGACAUGUUCCUGAACAACUAUUCCAUUCCGUUAAAAGAGUGGAGCUUUGUUUGUCGAAUAUUUGAUUUGCCAACGCACAAAGACUAUCACGUGAUAGCAUCUAAACCAAUCAACCACCAGCAUAAUCUUUUGAAGAAAGUGGCAGUCUAUGGAUGCAAUCCAAACAUGGUACGGAUAACACGACAGGGGGUCUUCGAAUGCUCCUCAAUAAUUGCCAAGCCUUGUCAAGAUCUUAUUGCAAUAAUGACCACUGAUCAAAUGGACCAGGGCAACUGUUUUCCACGGGACGUAGGGCUCCAGAUUGGCAAAACAGGAUAUAAGCAAAUUCUUAUGAAGUGGACAUUUGUGAAUCCAAUGAAAGAACAAUCCGUGACACAGGCCGGAAUGUCAUUGUUUAUUACCUCAAAUUUGAAGAAAUACAACGCCGGGGUGGCGAUCCUAGAGGAGACACACUUUAGCAUUCCGGGAAAUCUCCCUAGCUACUCAGUGUCGUCUGCUUGUCCCAGUUCAUGCACCGAGCUCCAAAUGAGAUCACCAGUAACUAUUGUGGCGGGAGUUAACGUUAUGAGGCAUUAUGGUGUUAAACAGCGAGUGGACGUUGAAAGAAAUGACAAGAUCUACAACUCUAUCACAAACGACACCAGCUAUGACGUUUUUGACCCUACUGUUUUCUGGUACACAACACCUGUGCCGGUUCUUCCCGGUGAUAUGUUGAAGCUGACUUGUGAGUAUAACACCAUGAGUGUGCGCAGUGAUAUCAUAUGGGGAAUGGGCCCAAAUCAGGAGCUGUGUAAAACCAUCCUUAUCUUUUACCCAAAAGAAAACUGGGAUGACCAUCACUGUGAAAGCUUUAAAAAUAUCCCACUUUGUGCCUUGGAGGUCGGUGAAGCUGUGUUUGGGUGUACAUACCAUGGAUUUAUGACAGCCUUAAAUACGAAUCCUCUAUAUAACCUUUCAAAAUGUUCAACAAUGUCGACAUGUACAGAUGGAUGCCUGCAACAAGUAACAGCUGCCCGAAACACGGCAUGUCUCUCAGGAGAUAUGUACGACUUGUGGAAACUCAUGGCGAGGUCUCUGAGAAAUAACAAGUUAAUUACUCUGUUUAAAGCACUUGUAACCUGUGAAGAGCGAUAUACCACAGCUUUAUUAGAAACAAGGUCUCAAAGUCGUGGUCGAGGAUAGCACUUUACACUACUCAUAACCGUUAACACUGCAUCCUUAUCCUCCCAAAUUCGAAGACUGACAAGAAAGUGUACUUAGUAUUGUAUGUUUGUUAAAAUCUUUGACCUUGCGUAACUUUUUAAUAUCUAGAUAAAAUACCUCAAAAUUGAUCAAGGUCAAUUUUGAGUCAGUUUGACAAGAGAUCCGCUUGGUGAUUGUUACUCUAGGAUUUUUUAAAGUUCUGAAACAUUGUUUUAUUGUUCAACAAAUUUUGCAAGCACAUUCAUUAAAUAUGUUUAUUUGUU